UUUGUAUUUUUAUAACGUCACCGAAAUUUUAAAGUAAUCAUCAACAACACAUUAACACGUGAAUAAUAAUCCGUUAUUAAGGUCAUACACAAGAAUUCUAUCUGCUUAGUAAUAUGAUAGCAGAGCAGACGAAAACAAUGUUACUAUUACAUAUAUACAGCAACUUUUCGUCUGCUCGAUAAUAGAUUAGUCAUUAUUUUUUUAUACCUUGAACCUUUCAUUUACUCUCAUAAGUAUAUUUAAUACUUGGUGACCGCACAUACUUUUUAGUGUACCAAUAAAUAUUUGAAAAAUAGAAUUUCAAAAUGCAACAGGCAAUGCUCCAGUGUAAUGGAGUCCAUACUCAUAUAAUAACUGAAGGCCGGUGGGUAGAAGAAGGUCUCUCUCCUACGGGUUCUAAAGAUCUAGUGUUCGUAAUACCGGGAAAUCCUGGAAUACCGGAUUUUUACGUUGGAUUCAUCAAGGCAUUGAAGUCAAGACUGCCACCAGAGACUCCAGUUUGGACAAUAGGUCACGCUGGUCAUGUACAACCACCUAAGCAUUUACGUUAUCUAUCCAAUGGUGAUUGCAAGGAACCAGUUUACAGUUUGAAAGAUCAAUUAGAGCACAAGAUUGCAUUUAUCGAACAAUACAUUCCUAAAGAUGCGAAACUUCAUCUGGUAGGACACUCUAUAGGCUGUUGGAUGAUUCUGCAGUUAUUGAAAAAUGAAGAUUUUGCUAAACGUGUUGUUAAAUGUUAUUUGUUAUUUCCAACGAUUGAACGUAUGGCUGAGACUCCCAAUGGAAGAUUUCUUACCAGAAUUGUAUUGAGAAUAGCAGCUUUAUUAGUAUUUUUAUGCUGGGUGUUUUCAUUCUUCCCAAUGAUACUGCGAUCAAUUUUAAUCCGUAUUUUCGGAGGUUAUUUUGCAGGAAUUACAAGUAAAAGUCUUAAACCAGUUCACCAACUUUUAGAUCCACCAGUACUAGACAGAGUAUUCAAAUUAGCUGACGAUGAAAUGAUUAAAGUACAGGAAUUAGAUUAUGAAAUAAUCGAAAAAUAUUCCAAUAAACUGUGGCUUUAUUACGGAGCAACCGAUGGUUGGACUCCAACACAUUUUUACCAUCAAUUAAAAGAAAAAUAUCAAGAUAUAAAUGCCGAAAUUUGUCAACGUGGUUUUCGGCAUGCAUUUGUACUGACAGAUGAAAUUGAAGUGGGUAAAAUGGUCGGUGAUAAUAUUAGUCAAACAAUAUCGAAUAAUUCUUAAAUAUUUAAUCUUUUAAAAUUUAACGCUUAAGGCCAUUUACAGACAGUGACCCCAACUUUUUAAAAAUAUGCAAUGAUUUUUAGCUGUGAUAGCCGUACUCAAAUUUGAUUACAGUCAUUCACAGACAGUGUCUCCUACUUUUGUAAAAUUUUUAAUAAUUUUCAACUGUCAUUAGCAUAUUAAAAUUUUAUUAAUUAAUUUAAAAAAAAAAUUAAAGCAUUAAUUGAAAAAAAGACAACGUAGAAGUAAUUUUACCGAGAUAUGGAAUUUAAAAAAAAUUACUUACAAUUUGUAAUUGUAAUUAUUGGAAGUUGAACGAAGUUUGUUAAAUAAAUUUCAGUAAAAUCUUCAUGUCAAAUUUAUAAUGAGAAUAUUUGUUUAACUCCUAAUUGAUAACAACUGUAAUUUUUUUAAAAAUUAUAUAUCUCGGUGAAAUUACUACUACGUUAUCUUUAUUUCAAUUAAAGUUUGUCUUUUCAAAUUAAUUAAUAAAAUUUGAAUACGCUUGACAGUUGAAAGUCAUUGCUAUUUUUAAAAAAUGGGGAAGCACUGUCUGAUAAUGGUUUUACAAUAAUAACAUGCAUUUACGGGAAUAGAUAUGUGGGUUAGGAUUUGUUUUAUAAUUACGU